AAAUAAACACGUAUGCAGUCAUCACUAUGUGCAUAUUUGCUACACGUCUUUCGUUAACAAAAGUUGUGGAUACUGCAGGAAGAAAUCAGGAAGCUUUGAAGCAUCUGAAGACAACGGGGAAGCUGCUCCCCAAAAGCUGGAAUUCGUUCUUGGAACCGAUACCUUAGACGAUAUAGAGAAGGCAAAAUCAUCCCAAGCAAGAUAUACCGGCGACACUGAGAGGCUCAUCUAUCAAUUUUCUAACUAUGGAAAAAAGUUCAUUCAGUCGUCCAACAUGAGUCCGGACGGCUACGUGCACAUGGCCAUGCAACUGGCGGCCUUCAGGACUAUUGGCACCCCGGUCAUCGUGUACGGAACGGCUUCGACUCGCCAAUUCCUUCACGGACGAGCUACGGUAUAUUACCCCUCCUCGGAAGACAGCCUAUCGUUCUGCAGGGUCUUCGACAGCCCCUUAUCAAGCAAAGCAGAGAAAGAACAGAGCUUAAGGAAAGCCGUGGAAAGAUGCAAACAAGACGCCGUUUCCGCAGCGAACGGCCUCGCGGUGUACCGGAUGAUGUAUGGGUUGUUAAGCAUUGCCCUUGAUGAUGGGAUCCCGAUUCAUCCUUUCUUCAAGCACCGCGUUUUUGGGCAUGCGGAUCUGAUAGCCAGCCAGAUGAAUCUUCAAUGCGACGGCUGCACUUUCGAAAAUCCCAGUUUUCCUGGUAGCUACAUGGUAACGUACAACAUCCGACCCGAAUCUUUCAUUUUCGGCCUGAGUUGCAGCAAGUCUUUCCCUGAGAAGAACGCUACCAAGUUCAAGGACGCCAUCGAGAAAGCCCUCACGGAGUUGAGAGAGUGCGUGGACAUAUGUCGUUAAAAGGUGGACUCCAGAACGACUGACAUCUGUCACUUUUUAAUUAUUGGUCCCAGGGAUUUG